GUGGAGAUUCCGGCCGGCGUAGAUCCGGCAUUUUUGGCUGCACUGCCAGAUGACAUACGUGCUGAAGUGAUUCGUGACUAUGUUCGGCAGCAACGUGCACGGCAAGUUGUACAAGAUGUGGCAAAUGCUGCUGGGCCGCCACCUGGGCAGGCAGCAAAUGCUAACGAUGGUUCCGCCGCUGCUGCUGCUGUGGAGCCAAUUGAUCAGGAAUUUCUGAAUGCGCUGCCACCGGAUCUUCAGGAAGAAAUCCUGGCUCAGCACGCACGAAAUGUGCGAUUAGCUCGUGACAGAGCUGAAUCCGGAAAUGCACCUCAUGUGGCCGAUGCUGUAGCAGAUCCUGAAGAUGCGGCAGCACUCAUUGAAUCGCUUCCACCAGCACUCCGUGCGCAAGUACUUGCCGAUGCCGAUGACUCCGUCCUACAGCAAGUCAUGCGUUUCGCACGUCAUGCACUUAUGUUAAAUCCAGGAGAACGCAAUCGCGGGCCGCCUAUUGGGCUAGGCCCUUCGGCGAGCGGAAAUGACAACACCCCUCUGUUGGGUGAGUUUGCUGGAAUCACUACAGUUGCGCCGAGAUGCACUCCUCAGCUUCUAGACCGUGAUGCCAUCGUCACGCUGCUACUCCUUUUCUUUACUGAUCCGGUACAGAUGAACACGCAACGCUUACAGCGGCUUAUCAAAGGCUUGUGCGCUCAUGCCGUCACCUGCGACUUUGUGAUUUGGUGUUUGUUAGCGCUGCUUAAUGAAAUAGACGAGGAGAAUAUUGCGUACGAUGAUUCGGGGAGCACGGUGUCGGGUUGGUUGGACAGCAUCUGUGUGCAAAGUGGUAUUGGACAGCAUGAGCGGGCCGUCAAAUUUUUCAAGGAUUCCGAGAAAGCUGCAAUCCAUCCGACAGUUUUGGUGCAGAGUAUUCGCCUUGUGUUGGAAACACUAACCAUUCUUGCCAAAAACUAUCCUGGCCACUUCUUGCCGUACAGACUGCGUACACCGGAGUCGCAGGCAGUCGCUGGAUCGGUUACGCCACCAUUCUCGCGAUUUUGGCAUUUCGUUUACAAUUUGUCAAAAGCUGAUGUUGUGCCUGGUAGCUGCAUCGGGUCGAUUUUGGGCGUGCCUUCAGGGCGUGAAGAAGUCAGUGUAAGCAUGCCUGCUGCUUCGCUUGAAGAAAGUCCUCUCGGUAUUCUCAUGGAGCAUAUGGGCCGCUCGGUUAUUCGCUCUUCAGCAGUGCUACAAGACAAGCUGAUGUGCCUUAUAUGCACGAUUGUUCAAACGUUGCCGGAUGAUACGACUUCAAAAAUGUCGAUAAAGCCACAUAAACAGCCAGCUCCGCUGGCGCAACAGCUGGAAUACAUCGUUAAGGUGCUAACAGAAGGCAGUUGUACGGAAGAAGGUUUGGCAGAUGGUCGUACGCUACUUCUGGAAAUGAUUCGUGCUCUUACACAACCGACGAGACCACUUAUCAUGUCCCUGAUCUUUAGUGCCGCCGAACGAUUAGGCAAUCAGCUUUUGAUAGCCGUCGAACAGCUUGACAUCGACCUGAGGACGAUGCUAAACAAAGAGGAUACAUCGCCAGCCAAAGAUGUGCAGCAGUCAUCGACUAGCGCCGGUCCUUCAACUGAGCAGCGACGACGAGGCAACCAUCGGGUUGUCGUGUAUACGGAUAUCGAUGAAUCGACAGUUGUGGUGGAUGAUAUGCCGAGUCCACCGCCGCUGCGUCGUUCCACGUCUGCUGCUUGCUGGCAGCUGCCGUUGCCUCGAAUGCAGGCUCUCACCGACAAGAGUGGUGUGCAGUAUGUGUUCCUCAAAAUGUUGCAAACAAUUGUCAAAAUUCGAGACGUACUGCGUAAGGAACGAAUUGAAGCACCUGACAGCGAACAAAAAGCGAUGGAGGGCGCACAGAUGAGUGCAUUGUUGCAUUCUCUGGAGCCGCUUUGGGAACUGGUUUCGAAGUGUAUGAAGAACCUUGCUGAGCUGGAUCCGCAAUCAGUGUUAGCUCUUCAACCAAGUGCUGAAGCAUUUUUCCUCAUUUAUGGAUCAGCCCUGUCAUCAGCCGAUCCGAGCAAAUUCAGUGAAGAUAGUAAUGCGCAGAAGCUCAUCAGUUUUGCAGAGAAGCAUCGUGAUAUGCUGAAUCGCAUUAUUCGGCAUGCCGGUGACACUCUUAGCGAUGGACCAUUCGCCAUUCUUAUUCAGACGCCAAGGUUGUUGGAUUUCGAUGUGAAACGCAUGUACUUCCUGAAGCAGAUCAAAAGUGAUGGGCGUAAUCGGAACGAAGACAUCGCAGUACGAAUACGUCGCAGUCACUUAUUCAGCGAUAGCUUCCGGGAGCUCUUCAGACUCCGUGGCCCCGAAUGGAAAGCAAGAUUUUAUGUUAUUUUUGAAGGAGAAGAGGGCCAAGAUGCUGGCGGAUUGUUGCGUGAAUGGUUCACGGUUAUCACGCGAGAAAUAUUCAAUCCAAACUAUGCUCUUUUCAUUACUGCUCCUGGUGAUCGAGUAACGUACAUGAUCAACAAAACAUCAUAUAUCAAUCCGGAGCAUUUGGACUAUUUCAAGUUUGUUGGGCGAAUAAUUGCAAAGGCAAUAUAUGAAAAUAAGGUGCUGGAAUGUUAUUUCACUCGUGCAUUCUACAAACAUAUUCUGAGUGUCCCGGUUCGAACGCAGGAUUUGGAGUCCGAGGACCCAAGUUUCUACAAUUCAUUGAUGUUCCUACUUGAGCAUCCAAUUGAAGAAUUCGGUACCGAAUUGACCUUCAGCCUUGAAAUUGAUGAAUUUGGAGUUACGAAUAUGCGGGAGCUGAAGGAAAAUGGAGCGUCAAUUCCAGUCACUGAUGAAAAUAAGGAGGAAUAUGUGAAAUUGGUUUGUCAAAUGAAGAUGACAGGUUCGAUCAGCCAGCAGCUCAAGGCAUUUUUGGAUGGCUUCUAUGAGAUCAUUCCGAAGAACAUGAUAUCAAUCUUUAACGAGCAAGAGUUGGAGUUACUGAUCAGCGGUUUGCCGAAUUUCGACAUAGACGAUUUGUAUGCAAACACGGACUACAAAAGCUAUACGCGAACUUCACCUCAGAUACAAUGGUUCUGGAGAGCCUUACGAUCAUUUGAGGAUGCGGAUCGUGCAAAAUUCCUGCAGUUUGUAACUGGUACGAGCAAAGUACCGCUGCAGGGAUUUGCAUCACUGGAGGGUAUGAAUGGUGUCCAAAAAUUUUCAAUUCAUAUGGACUCGCGUUCGGCCGAUCGGCUUCCGACGGCUCAUACCUGCUUCAAUCAGUUGGAUCUGCCGCUGUAUCAGUCGUACGAGAAACUUCGCGAUAUGUUGCUGUUGGCAGUACGUGAAUGUACUGAAGGAUUUGGUUUUGCUUAA